AUGAGAAGUCAUCAUUUGAUUUGCAUCUUUUUUGCGUUGUUAUUACCACUAACCCUUACGUUGUACACUUCGGAAAAGACUUCUCCUCAAUCGCCAUGUGUUUAUGGCUAUCAUUUCAGCUCAAAAAUGCCAAAUAAUGUUCACCCAUGCUACGACUUUAACAACAACUCGACACUUGUUGAAGGCCUCAUCCUCGAGCUUCAAGUGUACUUCCCGAAGUCUUUUGUCACUGGUGGGUUGUUUUCUCGGUGUGGGGAAUGUCUUGAAUUGUCGUCGACUGGUGGGGAGAGUUACCGAGUAAUGAUAGCAGGGUACCACACAGAGAGUGAUCCCAAAAUAAUAUAUGGGACGGAUGCCAUGUUCGAGCAGUUGAGUGCCAUUUCAGACGAGGUUGGCAUCAUCCCAGUCUCUUUUCAGUUCACCGAAUGUCCCUUUGGAGUAAAACCAUCACUUGUUAUUAAACAAGUGAUAGGAAAUAAUAUCGUUGUGCAACCAGUGAACACCGUCGUCCAACACAAUAAGAUGGCUAUUGGCAGUGAUGAGUAUCUGCAAGAUAUACUCACAGGGACGUACACAAUUCCAGUGACACAAGAGACCGAUGUCAAGUUAGUUUCGUUGCAACGAAUCACAAUUGUAUUUCCAAAAGUGCACCCAAAAUUGGCCUCUUUUCAGGCUCUUACACAGUUCCCUCGCUACACAACAAACACACAAUGCCAAUUCAUUCCCGAAAAUUUGCUGUUUGAAAAUAACACCGAGUUGGAACACUUAGACGAGUUGUUUGUGUGGCAACUCUACAGAGUGACCCCGUCUCUAAGACUUGUUCCAAUCACUUUCGAUAAUGGAGAAUUCACAUUUUCUUUCUCCACUGAGAAUAUACAAGUUGUCUUGGGAUACCCUAGUUACUUCCAACUGAGCAGGUAUUUCAGUUUGCUAGAAUUUCGAUUCAUAUCUGACUGUGCUGUGACUUUUGAAGAGGCUGAAUUAUUCACACUUGCCGACUUGAAGAAGUUUGACACUGACAAAAAAGUCAAAUGUUCGAAUGUGUUAUCGUCUUUUAGAUCAAAAGAGUACAAAAACAGUGUUGGAAAUGUUGUGUUAUACGGCAAUUUGCUGAAAAUUAAUGUCGACUCAACAUGUUCUGAGUAUGUCAAUUUUGUGAGUAUCAAACUUCUUGGUGUGAUAGGUGGAACGGUCACUGUAAACAGAAUAGGGUUUCAACAAAAAGAGAGUCUAAACAACGUGAUGGGAUGUAACGCAUCCUCUGCGAUGUGUCAUAAUGAGUGUAGUUCUUCAAAUGAAGAGUGCCAAGUAUUUUGUGGAAAAUGCCCAGCGGGAAAGCAGUGUGUUGAAGGUAGUUGUGUCAUUCCUAAGACCAACACAAGGUCUGGCGCUUUAACGGUGGAGAUGUACUUCGUCGUCGCAAUCGCGCUGUUUCUUGUCUAA